AUGGCUGACGCUCCUAUUACCCUGCGUACGCGCAAGUUCCUCCGCAACGCUCUCUUGGGCCGUAAGCAGAUGGUGGUUGAUAUCCUCCAUCCCAACCGCCCCAACAUCUCCAAAGACGACCUCCGUGGUAAACUCGCCGAGUUAUACAAAUCAAACAAGGACCAAGUGUCUGUUUUCGGCCUCCGCACACAGUAUGGUGGUGGAAAAACUACCGGCUUCGCCCUCAUUUACGACUCAAGCGAAGCCUUGAAGAAAUUCGAGCCCCGCUAUCGCCUCGUCCGGAUCGGUGCUGCUGAGAAGAUUGAGAAGGCUUCUAGACAACAGCGUAAACAACGAAAGAACAGAUCAAAGAAAUUCCGGGGAACGGCUAAGACCAAGGGCCCCAAGAAGGACAAGAAGGGCAAAUAG